CAUGGAGGAGACUAGUUUUACGUGUUAUAAUAUUAUAACAAAACCUGUGUGACGGGUUUACUGUGGGGUUUAUUUUCUUCUCCAAUGCAGCUGCCAGAACUGGAAAAGAAGCACAAACUAGAUUUGCAAGUUAUGAGCUAAGGGCGUUCUGUGCCAUCCUGUUAGCUCUAUGUAUCCUGCGAGCUGCGUUUGGGUGAUGUUGGUUCCUGGUGGAAAGUAAAAACUGAACAAGACUACAUGAGAUCCUUUCCAACAAGGGCUGUGCACUGGAGUCAAAGCUCAGCCUAAUCACUUCAGUGGAGUGAGAAAUGACAAUGGACGGCUUUACAGAUGUCUGGGCAAAGCUCAAGGAAUUGCAUGACCAAGAAGUACAAGGACUGUACACAAAGUUAACCGAAAUAAACAUGGAGCGAUGUCUUGAUGCACAGAGAUUGGAAGAGCUGUUCAGCAAGAACCACCAACUGAGGGAACAGCACAAGAUAAUGAAUGAAAAUGUCAAGAACUUGGAAAACAGGUUACGUGCAGGUCUGUGUGACAGGUGUACAGUCACCCAGGAACUGGCCAGGAAAAAACAACAGGAAUUUGAAAAUUCUCAACUUCAAAGCCUUCAACAUAUUUCCAUUCUCACAAAUGAAAUCAGCGGAUUGAAAGAAGAAAACAAAAUGCUUCGCCAAGAACUGAGAAAGCUAAAAUAUUCCUUGGAUGCUAGGCAAAGUCAAGUGUAUCCAAGAGGAGGCCGUUCUUUGUCAGACAAUGCCACACCUUCAGAAUCACCCUUGAAUAUUAAAAGGAAACAAAGUUUGGAUUGUUCAUUCAGUUCUAUGCAGGAACAUCAGAGCCUUAAGCAACAGUCUAAGCCUUUUACAGAAGAUAGCUCCACUGCCCCUAAAAGGUCUGUUUGCCAAAAUGUAUCCGAGAUACCAUUAUUUGACUUGCAUCCCCAAAGAAUAUCGAACCAAUUGCAUGGAACGAUAGCAGUGGUGCGUGCUGGUGCUGGAUCAUGCCAUACACCGGAGAGAGAUGCUGCUACGGCACAGUCCAGUAUGAAAAGCUAUGAACAUAGGCAGCACGAGGAGGUAUGUAAUUUUUCUAAAGACUGGAGAAGAAGUAGACACCUUUUCGAGCAGCCAGUCAUGACAAGGGAAAAACAUGAAGGAGAAGGAAAGGAUCCAUCUCUUCUCUGCACAAAGACUGAUGAAAUGGUUGAUAGCUCUGUGGAGAAACCUUUGGAUUUAUCAGAUUACAGUAAAAUCAAAUCGCCAUCUUGGUCCACUGACAGAAGUAAACUAUCCAUACAAUUUGAGUCCGAGAAACCAAGAUUCAAAGAGCCAGCAGAGAAGCAACACACUCACAAUAAUCUAGCAAGUGGAAAUUCCCAGGACAAUUCAUACUCUUAUGAAACAGUCGAAAAGGUGGUGAGUGUGGAUGCAUCCAUUAAAGACAAGACACAGAUUGUAUCAAGCCCUAAAGAUGGAUUAAAAAUGAGUGACAAUGAAGACAAAGUGUACAAGAAUUUGAACAUUAAGGCACAAUAUGACAGCAAUUCUAAAUCCAGAGAGCCAGAUGUCAAUCCAAGGAUUAGAAUGAAACUAUGCACUAAAAGACCCAAGACCAGGAAUGGGCGAAAUCCAAGUGUGGAAGUUCAUCUGCAAUUUUUGAACAUGCAGCCAGAUAUGCAUGAUCCCCCUCAAUGUGAGACUGAAAACUUUCAAGAAGUGCAUGGAAGCCAAGAGAUAACUUCUGAAAAUGUGAAGCAUCAGUCUGGAAGCAAUGAGUUACAGCCAAAGAAGAAGAAAAAGAAAAGGCUACAGGACUAUUGGACCUCUGCUGCAUAUAAGAGAGGAAGAAGAAUUAAAAGAUGCAAACCAACACCAUCAGCCUCCACACAUGUCUCAGAAAGCAGUGUAGAAAUCACAGGAAACAGAACAUCCAGCGACCCAGAGUUAGUUCCAGGAAGUUCAAACUAAGAAGGAAAUUUAUUGCAAAGACUACAAAGCAUUAGAACUGAAGAUUGAAGAUUCUCUGUGAGCAGAAAUAUUUACAUGCCAUUGUUAAGCUCUGGUUCAAUAACAAAAUUCUAACUUUUUUCUGAUCAACAUUCUACUGGAUCAUUAACUGGUUUAGC